AUUAAAAAAAGACCCCACAAUGAAAAGAAGGGGGCUCCGCCUAUGGUGCGGAAAUUAAAAAAAGGGGACAUAACUGCUACCUUGUGCCUGCGGAUAAGACAAUCAGUGUCUGAUUUCGUUGCUAUGUUGGUAGGAUAACUUUCUCACCUAAUGACGGUCCGAUGAAUGAGUUUACAUGGAAUUAUGAGAAAGUCAUGUCGCUGUACCAAGCUACGGGUUCUGCUGCUGGCCGUACCUGCCGUCUGGGUCACCCUCAUCCUCUGGACCAUGUACAAGACCCAGGUCAUGACCCAGAGUCUACCCAGGAGGCAUCACCACACCGGGCGUCCCAAGAUGGGGCCGGGACAGGCGGACCCGCCCAAACAGGGGCCGGGCGGGGUCGGAGGUCAGCAGCAUGUGCUGAUGGCACCGGAUGCUGAUGUCUGGUUGAGAGCGGCACAGCCGGACGCUGGGGACGGUGCUGACGUCAGAGUUGAUGACGUCAAUCAUGUGUUGGGAGUGGACGGUCUAGGCGCCCACGGUCAAGUGGACACAGACACUGAUGAACACCAUUAUGACGACAAAGCCGACCAGGACAGCAACGCCAAGUUCGCCGUCCCCCGGGCCAUACAAGACUUUGCUUCCAGCCAGAACAGGUCACGUGGUAUGAUCUUCGUGCAGCCGGAGCCAGAACCCUGGGACUCGCCGUAUGUGGACCACAUGGAGGUCGUUGGCAUCGAGUCGUCGUCUGGUAGAAAACACAUCAAGCCAGGUCAACGGUUUGACACGCCUAAACAAGGCGAGAAAGGACAUCCUGUGGUCAUUAAUCCACAAGAUCUGAGCCCGCAGGAGAAGGAGAAAUAUGACGAGGGCUGGAAGAACCACGAGUACAACGAAUAUGCCAGCCUGCAGAUAUCAACACAGAGAGAAGUGCCAGACUUCAGAGAUAAUGAGUGUAAGGAGAAGACGUACCUACCCAACCUACCACGUGCCAGCAUCAUCAUCUGUUUCUACAACGAGGCUUGGACCGUGCUACUCCGUACCAUUCACAGUGUUCUCAGCCGCUCUCCGCCAUCUUUAAUUGAGGAAUUAAUUCUCGUCGACGACUUUUCUACCAUGGUGACAAUGCAGGAUACACUGGCCAAAUACGUGUCUCAAAUACAAAAAGUCAGGCUACUGCGCAUGACGAAAAGGUCAGGGUUAGUGCGUGCCAGACUUGCAGGCGUGAAGGAGGCCAAAGCUCCUGUCAUCAUCUUCCUCGACUCACACGUCGAGUGCACAGAAGGGUGGCUGGAACCUCUCCUGGAGACCAUCUCCCACCACCCCAAGAUGGCCGUGACCCCGGAAAUCGACGUCAUCGACGACAAAACGUUCGCCAUCGAGCCCUCAGUCGGGAACAUCGGAAUCCUGGAGUUCGCGACCUUCACCUUUGACUGGUCCUAUGUCCUGCCCAGGAUCAAGAAGAGCCUCAAGACGGUCAUUGACCCCAUACCAUCACCAACGAUGGCAGGUGGGUUGUUCGCCAUUAGAAAAGAUUAUUUUAUUCAGCUGGGGACGUAUGAUGUCGGCCUUGAACUAUGGGGAGGUGAAAACAUUGAGCUCUCGCUAAAGCUAUGGAUGUGCGGGGGCGGCAUCUUGAUCAACCCGUGUUCUCGUAUAGCACACGUCUUCAGGGACCACUCGCCCUACCUCAAGGGAGAGAAGAGCAACGUUUUGGUCAAAAACUCGGCCAGAGUUGCGCAGGUUUGGCUCGACGACUACCGGAAAUUUUUCUUUGAUGAACCUUAUGAUGAGGCCAGGUAUGGCAGCGUACAAGAGCGGCUGGAGCUGCGGGAACGGCUUCAGUGCCACAGCUUCGACUGGUACAUUCAGAAUGUUUACCCGGAGAUGUACAUCAAAGGAGCCGGGAAAUAUAUAGGGAAGAUCACAAGCCAAUCUGGCAUGUGUGUUCAUCGAGUCAGCACAGCUCUCGACGUCCCACUUUCUCUCAUCAAAUGUGCACGAGCGAUGAAAUGGGAGAUGACUCGUAUAAAAGAAAUCAGGUCAAGGAACUGGUGCAUGGAUGUCCUCCCCGGAUCUUCCAACUUGGUGAUGCAGGCAUGUAACUACCAGAACACAACACAAGUUUUCGACUAUACGCCGGGGAGAGCAAUCUACCACCCGAUGACUGACAGCUGUCUGACCAGAAGUCAGGUCAGCUCGGCUCUGACAUUCCAGACGUGUGACAACAGUGAGGCUCAAAUGUGGGCGUGGCCUGAUAACCUAAAUUACAUUCCACCUCUAGACAGCUGACAUCACUCUCCCAGGGGCAGGGGAGGUCAGUGGAAGGGGGUCAAGGAUAUUCCUGCAGCUAGAGCAUUAGCUAGUUGACGAGAUUGUGUGUGUGUGUGUAUGUGUGUGUGUGUGUGCUUCUUUGUAUGUGUUUGUAUGUAUGUGUGUUUGUG